GAGUCCCUGUCUCGGCGCUGGCAGUUGGGCUGCUGGAGUGCGGCGCCACCGCGGAGGACACGGGGCGCCGGCGGGCGGCGGGCGAGGGGGUAGCGGGGACGCGAGCGGCGGCCGUGGGGCGCAGGACAGGGUCCGCAGAGCAGCAGCCUUCGAAGGCCAGCCCUCUCGGAUCUCGGGGCUGGGUCCCAGCCGUGACAAGGCGGUAGCCCCGCGCACACCAAAGAGGAGGCGGCUGUGGCGGCAGCGGCAGCCCUAGUCAUGCUGUGCUAUGUGACGAGGCCGGACGCAGUGCCGAUGGAGGUGGAGGUGGAGGCGAAAGCCAACGGCGAGGACUGCCUCAACCAGGUGUGCAGGCGAUUGGGAAUCAUAGAAGUUGAUUAUUUUGGACUGCAGUUUACGGGUAGCAAAGGUGAAAGUUUAUGGCUCAACCUGAGAAACCGGAUCUCCCAGCAGAUGGAUGGGCUAGCCCCUUACCGGUUUAAACUGAGAGUCAAGUUCUUCGUGGAGCCUCAUCUCAUCUUACAGGAGCAGACUAGACACAUCUUUUUCUUGCACAUCAAGGAGGCCCUCUUGGCAGGCCACCUCUUGUGUUCCCCAGAGCAGGCGGUGGAGCUCAGUGCCCUCCUGGCCCAGACCAAGUUUGGAGACUACAACCAGAACACUGCCAAGUAUAACUACGAGGAGCUGUGUGCCAAGGAGCUCUCCUGUGCUGCCUUGAACAGCAUUGUUGCAAAACACAAGGAGUUGGAGGGGACCAGCCAGGCUUCAGCUGAAUACCAAGUUUUGCAGAUUGUGUCAGCAAUGGAAAACUAUGGCAUAGAAUGGCAUUCUGUGCGGGAUAGCGAAGGGCAGAAACUGCUCAUUGGGGUUGGACCUGAAGGAAUCUCAAUUUGUAAAGAUGAUUUUAGCCCAAUUAAUAGGAUAGCUUAUCCUGUGGUACAGAUGGCCACCCAGUCAGGAAAGAAUGUAUACUUGACGGUCACCAAGGAGUCUGGGAACAGCAUCGUGCUCUUGUUUAAAAUGAUCAGCACCAGGGCAGCCAGCGGACUCUACCGAGCAAUCACAGAGACACACGCAUUCUACAGGUGUGACACAGUGACCAGCGCCGUCAUGAUGCAGUAUAGUCGUGACUUGAAGGGCCACUUGGCAUCUCUGUUUCUGAAUGAAAACAUUAACCUUGGCAAGAAGUAUGUCUUUGAUAUUAAAAGAACAUCAAAGGAGGUGUAUGACCAUGCCAGGAGGGCUCUGUACAAUGCUGGUGUUGUGGACCUCAUUUCAAGAAGCAACCAGAGCCCUUCAAACUUGCCUCUCAAGUCCUCGGAAAGCAGCAUGAACUGCAGCAGCUGCGAGGGCCUCAGCUGCCAGCAGACCCGGGCGCUGCAGGAGAAGCUCCGCAAGCUGAAGGAAGCCAUGCUGUGCAUGGUGUGCUGCGAGGAGGAGAUCGACUCCACCUUCUGUCCCUGCGGCCACACUGUGUGCUGUGAGAGCUGCGCCACCCAGCUGCAGUCAUGUCCCGUCUGCAGGUCGCGUGUGGAGCAUGUCCAGCACAUCUAUCUGCCAACCCACACCAGUCUUCUCAAUCUGACUGUAAUCUAAUCGCUUGUGCUUUUAUUGGACUUGCCAUGUUUCCAUGAACUGCACUACUAUAAAUUAUAAAAAUGAUAGAUUGUGGAGAAAGUAAUUACUCCAGCAACCAUCUGCCACACGAUGUUUAAAAAAAAAAAAAAAGAAAAAUAACACAGCUACCCCUCACUGCAAAAACAUAUCCAUGUGUACAAUCAACAGCUCCAGUGGUGGGGACCAGGAGGAGCUCUGGGACGUGGACAUGUUCCUUGGAUGUUGAUUUUUUUUAUGAAUAAGUAAAGUCUUCGAUGUCAGUGAAGUGGCAACAUAGCCAAAAAAAGUUGGGUACCUUUUAGGAAAUGAUGUUGUAAGACUCCUUAAUGUAUCCCGAGGUAAGUUUCCUAUCGGCAGCAAAUUUUGUAAGAAUUAGAUUUAAGAAUUUCGUUCUUUUUGUAUGGUUGUGGAGCUCCAAACAUUUUUAAUAGGAAAAUUUUUCUUAAAUUGUUAUCAUUUUAAUGUCAUUCUGUCUUUAUAACUUGAUCAAGAAUGGUUGAAAUGCAAAAAGAUUUAAAAAUCAGUUCUUGGAGGCUGAGGCAGGAGAAUUGCUUGAACCCAGGAGGCAGAGUUUGCAGUGAGCAGAUAUCUCGCCAUUGCACUCCAGCCUGGGAGAAAAGGCCAGACUCCAUCUCAAAAAAAAAAAACAAAAAAGUCAAUUCUGUGACUUUUAAAAAGUUUACAGUGUUGUCAUAUUUAAACCAGUCUGGCUGGUAAAAAGCAGCUCACUCAAUAUGGUGGCUCCCUAUUCCUUUUCACUCCCCCAUCCCAACCCCCUCUCCCAAGACUUUCGAUUAUAAAAUGCUACCAAUUUGUUAUGAGAUUACUGUGGAGUAGUCAAGUACUCCCCGGGCCUUCUGAGCUGCUGGAAUAUUUGAUUUCAGACUGAAAACGGAGAGCAGUCUCCUUGGGGAGAGAAAGCAGAGCCUCAUGGUGUACAACUGACGGUGGUUAACUCAUCACUUCUCCCAAGCACUCCAUCCCAGCUUCACCCAUUGGUGUCACUUCACUGGAACUGUCAAGCCUUCUAUAGCCUUGCCAGAAGUAUUUAGAUGUUGUGUCCUUUUCUGUGUUUCUUGGGUUUUGUUGUGUUUUUAAAAGUAACUGCUUAAGUACUAACUUUGGGCUGUCCCCUCUGUAUGUUUUGGAGGGGCUUUGGUUCUUUUCGCUUCUGUAUUCUUAAACAUGUUUUCCACUCCCACUUGGGCAUUUUAGAAGCUGGUCAGCUAGCAGGUUUUCUGGGAUGUCAGGAGACCUAGAUGACCUUAUCGGGUGCAAUACUAGCUAAGGUAAAGCUAGAAACCUACACUGUCACUUUACUGAGAUUUCCGAGUAUACUUUUCAUAUUGCCUUAAUGUAGCAGUAAUGUGUUUAUGCAUUUGUUUCUUUGCACAGACAUUUUGUCAAAUAUUAAAACUCUACUUUUUUAUGGCACAUAUUAGCAUAUAAGCCUUUAUUCCAAGAGGUAUUUAUUUUUUCACUUGUAAAAAAAUGUUUCCACAUAAAGAACUCUGUUAUAUCCUAGAGGACUCUGUCUUUUAUAUUCAGGAUAAUAAAGACUUUAAUGCAAACAUG